UCUUCGACUGCUAGCUAACCCAGCAACCUUUCAGGUCAUUAUUCCUUUAGUCCAGCAUCUCUUCCCCGAGUAUCUCAACGAAGUCAUCAACGGUGCAUUCAAUUCGCUCGGCUCGCAAAUGAAUGAAAAGCCGACUGCGCUGGCACUGUUGAUUCGCAAACUUGCCUGCCAAGACGACGAAGAUGGAGUGCGAGACUUAUAUUUAUCCUACCUUCAUUACAAAAACCCCAUGGUUCACACAAUGGUUGCAUUAAUGAUGGCGAGAAAGCCUCACGAAAAGUCGUCCAGAUCCGAGGAUCCAAAAACAUUCAAGCGCACUCGAAUCACGCCAAAAAAUCUUUAUAUGUCCGACAGCGAGCCUUAUACCUCUGAUUCGGAUGAAGAGCAGCCCCGAAGGAAGCGAAAAAAGCUAAAAUCAAUGGGCAAACGACCGAAGAAACGUAACAGAAGAGGAUCAAACGCAAAUGAGAAAUCUGCUCAAGAGGAAGAUCUGCCCAUACCCAAUGAUAAGGAGUUAGACUCUACCACCACUGUCCAUUCUGAAGAUUCUGGAUAUUCUGAUACAGAUGCUACAGAUGGCGAAGAAGGCGAGGAGGAGAGAAGUGAUACCACUGGUAGCGAGGAAGAAGAGGGAUUAGAAGAAAAUGACAAAGAUCCUAACGCAAAAGUCAUUAAAUGGUCAAUGCCACCACGCCUACAUUAUAUCGACUCAAAGGGGUACAACUACAAGAGCCUACAACAGCUACUGGUUAACGCCUCUAGAGGAUAUAUGGAUUUGACCGGCGUCAACCAGACGUUAUUUUUAUGAAUUACUGUCGGACGCAAUGCUUCAUGUCGAUAAUAAUGUACCGUUAAUUAGAAUCUUGUUGCCGUAUUUUUCACACUAUUCAGAAGAAUGGCUCCAACUAAUGGAAAAAUACUGCCACUUGGAUGCAACGGCGGAUCUUGCUAUUGGCCUUA